AUAGUGAAUUUACGCGAUAAAGCGAUACAUAUAGAGAAUAAUAUAAUAAAUAGAGAAAUAAAUAAGAUAGUAAAAGAAUAAAAAAGCAAAUAAAUAGAGGAACAAAGGAAUAACGGUAGAGAAAGCAGAGUGUAUUUGGUCAAAUAAUUCCACGUAUAACGGCCAGAAGUCGCGUGGGUUCUUGGAAAAUUCGACCGAAGAUGAGACUUACUCGAGUCAAGGUCUCCAAGUAUACAUAGCAGCAGAAUCGUCGAGCUUCGUGCUUUUCAGAGUUUGUUGGAAGUUGUGUGGACGAGCAACGGUCAUUUUGAUGCUUGUCGAUAGUUGGGUUCGCGAUUUAGAUCCUUUCCAGUUGAUCAACGAGUCUGAUUGACUUAAUAGCAAAUAACGGCAAAUAACGGCAAAUAAUGGCAAAUAUUCGUUACCAAGCUUCGUACAAGCUUAAUAUUUAAUACUUCAACCGUUGUUAAUAUAUCGGCUGUUGUAACGUCGGUGUCGGUGCAACGUUCAAGUCGAAAAUCUAGUUGAUUGAAAUAUCGAAUAUCUAGUUUAGUAGGACACCGAAAUCUCAUCUUUAAUCGUAAAAAGCAGCAGUUCAGUGGGAUUUUCAACGGAACGAUGUUGAGUGAAAUCGGUGAAAUUAUGCAGCGAUCAGUUUCGAGAUAUUCAAAGUGGUGUUCGUGUUCGACGCUAACGAGAAAUUUUCUUCUUUUGUGGUUGCUGUCUCUGUCAUCCGGUGUCGCUUGUUCCUUCAACAAAUGUUGCCCAUUCGGAGAAGUUUUCUCAGGGAUGUCGAAAGUGGAUUGCGUUGCGUCUCCACGUGCUCCGCAAAUCGUUGCCAGUGAUCCUACCAACAAGAACGUAACUUACGGCCAACUUCCUAUUUGCCAGAAGCCUGAAUAUAUUACCACUCUGUCUCUUAAUGAAAUCAACUCGGCCGAUAUUUUACAGAGUCCGUACUGUAUCGAUAUUCUGUACAACGAUAUCACUCGGGUCGUUGUUCCGACGCUCGUGCAUUGUACAUCGAACGAAGACAAGGAUCGAACACGUCCAUUCCCAAAAGCACCAUCGUUAUCGGAAUUUUUAAACGUUAGAAAAUGUUGCUCGAAUAAUACAGUUUUUAACGUGGUAACGGGAGACUGUGAAUUCGAUCGUUAUUACUCGAAAACGAACAAUUUCUUGCCGUUACUCACUGAUUACUUACGGAAAAACGAGCAUUUUCCGAACGUGGAGUUAUUUCUGCUUCAUACAGGCAUGCCCAAAUGUUCUUCAGGCGCGAUCUUCACGCACGAGAUCGAUUCGGUGGACAUCGUCAAUGGAACUUUACAGGUGACACCGGCGGCAGGAAAAAAUGAAUCCACGGAGAGUUUCUCCAUCACCGAACGAAACUCCUGCCUGGAAUUGAUGCCGUACUCGCGAUCGAAACGCCGGCUCGUAGUCCGUGUGUGUAAAGAGGUAGAAUACUGUCGGGACCACCGCUGUAUACAAAAAUGUUGUUCGGCGGAUGCGGACGAUGGCGGCAGUUACGUUUGCCCGUACGUUACCAAGUCGGAGAAAAAUUUCUACGAGGAAAUCUCGAAUAUUACCGGAGAAAUUUGGGAUAUGACAGAAUACGGUGUGCGGGUUGGACUCCAUUGUAUUAACUUUUACGAAGAAAACAUGAACCAUACAUACGGUGUAACACCAAACGGAUUCCUCAAACUCGGUCCGUCGAUCUUGGUACCACCAAAUACGUACUGCUUGGACAGUCUGGUUACCGACAAGACCGACGGUUUAUUAGCUUUUAUCUGCUUCUUGAACGAUAACGACGGUGCAGCCAGAUUGAUGAUUUCCUCUAUUCUAAUGGGAAUCAGCUGUAUCUUUUUAUUUUUGACACUGAUCGUCUACCUUUCCCUACCGGUGCUUCAGAAUCUGCAUGGUAAAACUCUGAUGUGCCAUAUCGCGAGCCUUUUUGUAGGUUACCUUUGCUUAACCGUAAUACCUUGGAUAACGGCGCAAAAUAACUAUAUGACACCGUGUGGUAUAGUAGGAUACAUCACGCUCUUCUCCAUGAUGUCGGCGUUUUCCUGGUUGAACGUCAUGUGCUUCGAUAUAUGGCAGACAUUCGGGAAAGUACACAGUAUCAGGAGUCAAAAUCAGAACAAAAGAUUUCUGUUAUACUGUGUAUAUGCGUGGGGCGUGUCGAUGUUCGUCAUGUUCAUCUGUAUCCUGAGUGACCAGGUGGAUAUUCUGCCAGAGAAUUUGAGGCCUGCAUUUGGUUUAGAACGCUGUUGGUUCAACCCGGUUUUGGGACACGCGCAAUUAAUUUUCUUCACGGCACCAGUCACCAUCCAAUUGAUAACGAAUAUAGUGUUCUUUAUUCUCACGGCGAGGGAAUGCAACAAGGUGAAAGCUGAGAUAAGCAGGGUUUCGGCUCUAGACGUUAGGAGCAAACGAUUUCACAGUGACAAAACUAAGUUCGUCAUGAACGUGAAGCUAUUUGUCGUCAUGGGUAUAUCGUGGAGCACCGAGAUCGUCUCUAGUUUGCUGAAAACAUACACCGGAGUCCAGUACACGGACGAAUUAUUCUAUAUGACGGACGCGGUCAACAGUCUUCAAGGUGUUUUGAUAUUCGUUUUAUUCGUGGUGAAGCGACGAGUUCACGAAGCAUUGAAGAAACGACUAGGCUACGGUUCGAAGAAGAAACGCGAAGCUAGUUCGACGUUGCAAGAUCCGUACAGAGUUUUGUCACUUCGCCUUUCUCACAAUGGUCUCGUUUAUUAUCGUUUACUGUCGUUUACUAUCGUUGUCAUCUUAGCAAUUAGGAAACGUUUCUUCUCCAACGACGAGAAAUGGAACGUCGUAAGGGCGUGCGAAACGACUCGAAGAAAUUCGUUGCCGCUGGAAAAGGGAACGAGAAGUUUGCCAGGAAAGCAUUCGUAAAUCGCUACGUUAAGUUUCGGUAAAGUUUAAACGCAGACACGCUUGUUUCAACUUUUUCUAAGAAUAAUAAUUUAUCGGGUAGUCGUAAAAAUUAAUAUCGCUCGAUAUCGCUCUUUGUUUGCGGAGCUGUUACAGCUACAUAAAUCUGACAAAACAAGCUUUUACGACAUACACGUAGCUUUUCUGCCGUGUAAAACUGAUUAUCAACUAAAUUUUAACGAGUCGCAUAAAAUGACAUAACUUUGAUCAGAGUCUGAUCCAUCUUGCCUAUCUUAGCAACGACAGAUAAUACGUAAUAGUAACGAAUAAUAAAUAGGAGAUAGUGAGGCAGAAACGGGCCUAAAUUCUAACGAAGCGAAAUUUUUAAAUACGUCGUACCGAUAUUCGUUAUUCGUUAUUCAUUCUCUGUGUGUGUAAUUGUGUGUAACUGUGUGUAAUUGUAUUAUUUCUAUAUAUAUAUAUAUAGGUAUGUUAUAUUUUUCGGCCAUAUAUUUCUAUUAUAUUAUAAAAAAGUGACAUGGGUGACGAGAAAGUUUAGAAAUUGGCACCGGUGAUUCAGUGACAGAGAGCGGAGGCGGUACUCUCUUUUAUAAUUGUCGAACAAAAGGCGUGCACCGUUGGGGAAAAUUUUCGAAAUUUUUCUGUUCGCCCGAGUAGAGGGAACGUUGCGACGAUUAUUCGAUGCACGCGGAAGGAAAAUAAUCGCGCCAGACUAUAUUCGAGAUUUUACAAACUGGAAACAGCCGCAGGAAAUCACUGUGAAUCGUACAUGACUUGCCCGAACCUUUGCAACAUUCCGUGUUGGAUUCGAACGUUUUCUGCGAAUAUCGAUUUAUGGUAUUUCUUGUAACGUAUCGCACGGGAAUUAUUCACGCGUAAGAGUGUUUAUUAAAAUAUUAGUUAUUAAAAAUAGGUAUAACGGUGGAAGGUGAAGCGGUACGCUUUCACUUUCGCGGUAGGUUCUUUUUAAAACGGAUCUCCACCGAUCCGAAGCCGUACAAUCACCUGCCAUAGCGGUGAAAAAUAUUUUUCAACGCUCUGUACAAUCUUUAGAUACGAGACAAGAUAGCUUACCUCGAGACAGAGUUUGUUAUAGGUUUGUGUUGUUUUGCGAAAAUUAUGUUAACGAAGGUACUUGGUGAAUGCUCGGCGUGUAUCGUAUACGUGUAUCGUAUAUUCCAUGUAAUAUUUUAUACCAUAUUGCUGAGAUUUUAGGGGAAUUCGUUCGGACAGCUUACGGCAGAGUAAAUUAAUAAUCGCAGUGGUAUGUACCACUUUUGUCGCACUUUCAAACGGGAUAAAAACAGUCGUUUGUUAGUUAAAACAUUAAAGCGGAAAGUACUCUUGUUUUCCUAUAUUUGCUCUAUAAAAAAAAGUAAACAACAUCGCGGAUUUAUUUACGUUACGAGGUAUCGAUCCUUCUUUAUUACCUUCGUUCUUUCGCGCCACUAUCGACUUCCGUCUCGCUUUCCGGCUCGAAGAUUUCCAGUUUCGAAAAGCCGAUUUUUCCUCUCUAAUUUUCCUGCCUCUUUUUGCGUCCACCGCAUCGAUGCGCAGUCACGUUGUCUCUUUACGUUUAUCCCGUUAAACAUAUUCGCGUAAUAAGAACGAAGCGAACGGGAAUGAUCUACAGUUUGACGUCUUCGUAGCACGUAUUUUUACAUUAUCUUUCUUUUCACCCGUUCUUUCCGUAAAAUAAGCAGAUUUAAGAAUAUAUAUUCAAUUUCACGAUUAUACUAUUUCUAAAAGAACUUCAAUAAGAAAUCGUUUUAAGAGAACCGAAGCAGGUAAAUUCCUAACAAUUGCUAAACAUUGAAACAAUUUCGAAGAAGCGAUCACGAAGGAACGCGAGAACCACGAAAAAAUUGACAUUAUAAUCGUUGCCUUUAGUAUUAACGUAUUAAAUUAAUAGGAUUCAGAAUUUAGCGUUUAGUAGUAAAAUUUUAUUCUCGUGCACAAUCAAAGUUUUAUUCUCUUCCCUCUGGCAGAUUAAUCCCGAGGUGCUCUUGAGCUAAUUAAUUAAUCGAGUAAUUUACGCGCAAAUACAGUUUACUUCGAGUUUCA